UCUACACAAGUCUACCAAAGGCGAUGUCAACCGAAUACCAGUACUUGGUGCAUUCGACAUGGGCGAUAGACCUGGCCAGAAUGAAAAAGAUAUCCGAUGAACAUCAGGCUAUCAUUGAGGAGCUGAAUAGCAUGAAAGCGGUCAAACGGCAAACAAGGGCCAGCAAAACAAAGAAAACGGAGACCCGAGAAAUCGGCACGCAAACGACCCCAGAACAAAGCGGCACACAACAACAGUCAAAAUCCAUCCACUUUCGCCUCCAGGUGCCAACCAAUCUCCAACCAAUGAUCGUCCCAAACAGCAAUAUUCACGCCCAACAAAACCCAGUACUUGCCUAUCCAACGGGGACCCCGCAACAGUAUCAACACAAAAUGAACCUCCAAAAUCCCACCGCAUCCAGUAUGGCUGGAACCGACACAGAUGAAAUCUUCUGUACCGGG